AUGAAUACAUCGGCAGUGACUGAAUUUAUCCUACUGGGGAUCCCCUUUCUGCCUGAUUUGCACAGAGUGUUCUUCAUCGUGGGUUUAUUCAUGUACAUUAUAACCAUCAUGGGGAAUGGGUUCAUCCUCAUCAUCAUAACGAUUGAGCCAAGGCUUCAGACACCAAUGUAUAUUUUCCUGAGCAAUCUUGCUUUUCUAGAGAUCUGCUACACCACAACUAUUGUACCAAAGAUGCUCCAAACACUUUUGGAAACAAGGACCACCAUUAGCUUUGCUUGCUGCAUGGCUCAGGGUUUUUUCCACUUCAUCCUGGGCAGCACAGAGCUUUUCAUCCUCACAGCUAUGGCUUUUGACCGCUAUUUGGCCAUCUGCAGGCCACUUCAGUACCCAACCAUUAUGACAAAGCAUGUUUGCAUUCAGAUGUCUUUGGCCACUUGGUAUGCAGCAUUUAUUAUUAUGCUUCUUCAGUCUCCGAUUGUGUGGAGGUUGCCUUUCUGUGGUUCCAAUGUUGUUGACCAUUUCUACUGUGACAUUGGUCCCAUUUUAAGCCUAGCCUGUACAGAUACCCACCUUAUUGAAUCUGUGGGACUGCUGAGCUCUGUCCUGAUCGUCAUCAUGACCUUGAUCCUCACCAUAGUGUCUUACAUCUUUAUCAUCUCCACCAUCCUUCACAUACCUUCAGCCGCUGGUCGUAAGAAGGCAUUCUCCACCUGCACGUCUCACCUGAUUGUGGUGUCCAUAUUAUAUGGAGCCCUCAUCUUCAUGUAUGUGAGGCCCAAUGUCCACUCGUCAUCUCAUCUAACCAGGGUCGUGGCGAUCUUGAACACCACUCUCACCCCAAUGCUGAACCCUUUCAUAUAUACAAUCAGGAACGCAGAGGUGAAAGAGGCUCUGCGGAGCGCAAUCCAUAAAAGAAGAGGAUUUCUCAAGGGUGACUUUUAA